AUGGAAGAGCUCUCCAAUUACCACCAAGAAGAAUCUGCUGUUGCUGCUGCCUCUAUGGAAGAAAUCCAACUUCAACACCACAUGGCUUUUGACAACAACCACCAUCAUUUAAUGCAACAGUACCCUACAAAUCACCAUCAAGUCCUGCCAUAUGACCCCUCCUCAAAUUGGGAUCCUAGUAUCAUUCAGUUCCAAGAGAUGCACCAGGUAUUUGAUCAAAAUGGCAACUUUAAUGCCACUGCUAAUACACCAUCAUCCUUGCCACCUGACCUUCUCAAUCUUUUCAACUUGCCUGUAUGCACAUCAACAUCCACUUUGCUUCCAAAUUCAUCAAUUUCCUUUACAAACCCUGCCCAUAACACUCCUUUGGGCUUUAUGGGGGUGGACAAUACAUCUGUGCUUUUUGACUCGAACCCACUUGCUCCACAGCCUCAUUUACUCAGGGAGUUGGUUCACUCGUUAUCCCCAAAUGGCUAUACUUUGCCUGCAGUACCCUUGUUCGGCGGUGGCCAAGGGGAUGAUCCCGUGGAUGGAUUAAGUGGUGGAGGCCUUAGUUACCAAGACGGGGAUCAUGGAGAUGGGGUUUUUGAGUUUACUACAGAAAUGGAUUGUAUUGGUAAGGGAAUUAGGAAAACUGGCAAAGUUACUAAGCAUUUUGCUACUGAACGCCAGAGGAGAGAACACUUGAAUGGAAAGUACGCUGCCUUGAGGAACUUGGUUCCAAAUCCUUCCAAGAAUGAUAGGGCAUCUGUGGUCGGAGAUGCAAUUGCUUAUAUCAAAGAACUUCUUCGGACUGUUCAGGAGCUAAAAUUACUAGUGGAGAAGAAGAGAUGCGGCAGAGAGAGACUCAAAAGGCGCAAGAAUGAAGAAGAUGGUGGGGUAGACGUAGUUGAGAAUUCUAACAUCAAGGUUGAACAAGAUCAGUCAGCAUACAACAAUGGAUCAUUAAGGAGUUCUUGGCUUCAGAGGAAGUCCAAGGAUACUGAGGUAGAUGUUCGCCUGAUCGAGGAUGAAGUUACAAUUAAACUGGUUCAGAGAAAGAAGGUUAACUGCUUGCUGUCAGUCUCCAAAGUCCUUGACGAGCUUCAACUUGAUCUCCACCAUGCUGCUGGUGGCCUCAUUGGUGAUUACUACAGCUUUCUGUUCAACACCAAGAUAGAUGAAGGAUCAUGUGUUUAUGCUAGUGCCAUAGCCAACAAACUGAUUGAGGUUGUGGACAGACAGCAUGCAUGCAAUGGAAUGUUCAGAGGAAUCUACAACGGCAAGCAAUACCAUGCAGCUGAUAUAGCCAGUAUAUUGAGCAGGGCUUGGAACGCUGGUGUGGAUCGAAUCAUUGUGACUGGCGGGUCCCUCGAGGAGUCGAAGGAAGCUCUUGCCAUUGCCGAGACUGAUGGAAGGCUUUUUUGUACGGUUGGUGUCCACCCAACAAGGUGCAAGGAGUUUGAAGAGAGUGGGGAUCCAGAAAAGCAUUUUCAGGCUCUCGUGUCACUGGCCAAAGAGGGAAUACAGAAAGGAAAGGUGGUGGCAAUUGGUGAGUGUGGACUGGAUUAUGACAGGCUUCAAUUUUGCCCAUCAGAUAUUCAAAAGAAGUAUUUUGAGAAGCAGUUUGAAUUAGCAUAUGACACAAAGCUACCGAUGUUUCUACAUAUGCGUGCGGCUGCUGCAGAUUUCUGUGGAAUUUUAGAACGUAACAAGGAUAGAUUCAGUGGCGGGGUCACUCAUUCAUUUACUGGUAGUGCAGAUGAUUGCGAAAAACUUCUUUCAUUUAGUAAUAUGUAUAUAGGUGUAAAUGGCUGCUCCCUGAAAACUCCUGAGAAUCUUGAUGUUGUGAGGGGUAUCCCUGUUGAGAAAAUGAUGAUUGAAACGGAUUCUCCAUAUUGUGAAAUCAAGAAUACUCAUGCUGGGAUUAAUUUUGUAAAGUCUACUUGGCCUUCUAAGAAGAAAGAGAAGCAUCAGCUGGAUUGCAUUGUCAAAGGUCGUAAUGAGCCUUGUUUAGUUCAUCAAGUUCUUGAGGUUGUGGCUGGCUGCAAAGGCAUCAGUGAAAUAGAGCAAAUGAGCAGGACUAUUUACCACAACACCUGCAGGGUUUUCUUUCCCCAAGAUCUGGAUUCCGCUGCAGAUGCUCUUCUUGCUGGUCAUCUUGAUUCUCAAUGA